GAUGUGUGUGUGGUGUGUGUGGGGGGAUGAAGGAUGGUGGUGGUGGGCUUGGCCCGGUCUCAGUCAGUCUCAGCAGGGUGUGUUACUACAGGCAGUUUUAAGUCCAUUAUCAGUGACCCGCUCCCGCCUGCACUCCUCACUCUGCGCCGGUUCGGUACACAGUCCGAGUCCGAGUUAUACAGGUUAAUCUCCGCUGUGGAUAUAUCUGGAUGAAGGCUGGACGGUGUUGGACCUGUCUCUGGCGCUGCCGUGUGAUUCAGUAUGAGCGGAUUCUCCGGUAUAAUACAGGUACUCACCACACUGCUGCUCCACCUACCACACCUACAGGUUUCAAAAGCUGUCGGCACACCCCACUCUAAAGUGAUGCUGUUUCAUGAGGUUUGGGUUCGAAGCCUGUGCCGCUCCCUGGAGAAGAUGGUAUCAGUGGAACACGAGUACCCAGGCGGUGUGGAGCACAUAUUCAGUCCUGGCUGUGUGCCACUACAGCGUUGUGCUGGCUGUUGUAAUGAUGAAAAACUAGAGUGCUUCCCUACCCUUACACGUAACAUUACAAUGCAGCUGGUGAGGAUAAGCCCAGCACAGAGGACGAGGCAGUAUGUGCAGCUUUCAUUUUUAGAGCAUCAUUCGUGUGAGUGCAGACCCAAACGGAGCCACAGAAGAAAUCAAAGACAGAGGAUCGGUAGCCCGCGCAGAAGAAAAAAAGGGAAACAUGGAAGGAGGAAAGAAGCAAACUUUUCCAAGGGUCCUGAUCAUCAUAGAUAGUAUGAGAAUUCCCAGGCACUCUCUGUUUUUCAUCUUUAACACAAACACAGAUGGACAUGAGCUCUGCCCAUCACUCGUGAAAAUGGACAAUAAGCAGACGCAUGUGGGAUAUAAAUUAUGACAAGAACUUCAGCUGUCUGUCUCCAGGGCGUUGCCCUCGCAGUUCACUGACAAAGAAGCGUUGUCAAGAGGAAGGAACUGGCAGAGCUGAAUUCCUCUGUUCCUGUCUGCUUUGGUACCUUGUUGUCUCUUUGUAGUAGUUGACUCUGCUGUGGAAGUGAAAAGGACAAAUAAUGUUCACAAAGGGGAAAACUGAUAUUAUCAUUUGUAAUAAGCUCAGGUCUAGUGCUGAGCAGUAUUGAUGAAACUGAACAUCACAAUGCUCUU